AUGGGGAAGCGGGUAGACAGAAAUCCUCCACCUACUUUACUUCAUCCAGAAAAAUGGUGUAAGGAAUUCAACCAUUUUAUUUCACAGUGUCUUAUUAAGGAUUUUGAAAAACGGCCUUCCGUCACAUAUCUCCUCGACCACCCAUUUAUUAAAGGAGCCCAUGGAAAGGUUUCAUUUUUGCAAAAACAGCUGGCCAACAUCCUCCAAGACCAGAGGCAACUAAACCCUGUUAAAACCAGGCAUGAAAGGAUGCAUACCAGAAGACCCUAUCAUGUGGAGGGUGUAGAAAAAUACUGCCUUGAGGACGAUUUGGUCAAUCUUGAGGUUCUGGAUGAGGAUACAAUUAUUCAUCAGUUGCAGAAGCGUUAUAUGGACUUGUUGAUUUACACAUAUGUUGGAGAUAUCCUAAUUGCCUUGAACCCUUUUCAGAAUCUCAGCAUAUACUCUCCACAGUUUUCCAGACUUUAUCAUGGGGUAAAGCGAGCCGCAAAUCCUCCCCACAUAUUUGCGUCAGCAGAUGCUGCUUACCAGUGUAUGGUUACUUUCAGCAAAGACCAGUGCAUCGUCAUCAGUGGCGAAAGUGGUUCUGGGAAGACAGAAAGCGCCCACCUGAUUGUUCAGCAUUUGACUUUCUUAGGAAAGGCUGAUAAUCAAACUUUGAGAGAAAAAAUUCUGCAAGUGAACUCCCUGGUAGAAGCCUUUGGGAAUGCAUGCACUGCCAUCAAUGAUAACUCGAGCCGUUUUGGAAAAUACCUGGAAAUGAUGUUUACACCAACUGGAGCUGUGAUGGGGGCAAGAAUUUCUGAAUAUCUUCUGGAAAAAUCCAGAGUUAUAAAGCAGGCAGUGGGAGAGAAAAAUUUUCACAUAUUUUAUUAUAUUUAUGCUGGUCUUUAUCAUCAGCAGAAACUUUCUGAUUUUAGGCUUCCUGAGGAAAAACUUUCUAGGUAUAUAGCUGAUGAAACAGGAAGAGUGAUGCAUGACAUAACUUCUAAGGAAUCUUACCGAAGACAAUUUGAAGCAAUUCAGCAUUGCUUCAGGAUUAUAGGGUUCACUGAAAAGGAAGUGCACUCAGUGUACAGAAUUUUGGCUGGGAUUUUGAAUAUUGGAAACAUUGAAUUUGCAGCCAUUUCCUCUCAACAUCAGACUGAUAAAAGUGAGAUUCCCAAUACUGAAGCUUUGAAAAAUGCUGCCUCGGUUCUCUGCAUCAGCCCCAAAGAGCUCAAGGAGGCCCUCACCUCUCACUGUGUGGUUACCAGGGGCGAAACGAUCGUCCGUGCCAACACCGUUGACAGGGCCACAGAGGUACGGGAUGCCAUGUCCAAAGCCUUGUAUGGGCGGCUCUUCAGUUGGAUUGUAAACCGCAUCAAUACACUCCUGCAGCCAGACAAAAACAUAUGUGCAGACGAUGGUAUGAAUGUGGGCAUCUUGGAUAUUUUUGGAUUUGAGAACUUUUGGAGAAAUUCAUUUGAGCAGCUCUGCAUAAACAUCGCCAAUGAGCAAAUCCAGUACUAUUUUAACCAGCACGUUUUUGCUUUUGAGCAGAUGGAAUACCAAAAUGAGGGCAUUGACGCUACAGUCGUGGAGUAUGAGGACAAUCGCCCACUCCUAGACAUGUUCCUUCAAAAACCUCUGGGACUACUGGCACUUUUGGACGAGGAAAGUCGGUUUCCCCAAGCAACUGACCAGACCCUGGUUGAUAAAUUCGAAGAUAAUUUACGAAGCAAAUACUUCUGGAGGCCCAAAGGAGUGGAGCUGUGCUUUGGCAUCCAGCACUAUGCGGGGAAGGUAUUAUAUGAUGCUUCUGGGGUUCUUGAGAAGAAUAGAGAUACUCUCCCAGUCGAUGUGGUUGUAGUCCUGAGAACGUCAGAAAACAAGCUUCUUCAGCAACUCUUCUCAAUUCCUUUAACCAAAACAGGUAACUUGGCCCAAACCAAAGCCAGGAUAGCAGCAGCCUCACGGUCUUUACCUCCACAUUUCAGUGCUGGGCGAGCCAAGGUGGAUACACUGGAGGUGAUACGGCAUCCAGGAGAAACCACCAACAUGAAAAGGCAAACCAUGGCUUCUUACUUCCGGUAUUCACUGAUGGACCUGCUCUCCAAAAUGGUGGUGGGCCAGCCUCACUUUGUGCGCUGCAUUAAACCCAAUGAUGAUCGAGAGGCCCUGAUGUUCUCCCAAGAGAGAGUGUUAACCCAGCUCCGCUCCACAGGGAUCCUGGAGACAGUCAGCAUCCGCCAGCAAGGAUAUUCUCAUCGCAUCCUCUUUGAAGAGUUUGUGAAAAGGUAUUAUUACUUGGCGUUCAGAGCACAUCAGAUACCACUUGCUAACAAAGAGAGCUGUAUUGCCAUCUUGGAAAAGUCCAGAUUAGAUCACUGGGUACUGGGUAAAACUAAGGUUUUUCUCAAGUACUACCACAUCGAGCAGUUAAACUUGUUACUGCGACAAGUCAUAGGCAGAGUGGUUGUGCUGCAGGCAUAUACCAAGGGGUGGCUUGCAGCCAGGAGACACAAAAGAAUCAGAGAGAAGAGAGAAAAGGGGGCCAUUGCCAUCCAGUCAGCCUGGAGAGGAUAUGAUGCUCGGAGGAAAUUCAAGAAAAUAAGCAACAGAAGGACUGAGUCUGCUAUUCAUAUUCAAGCAGUUUUGAAGGACUCUAUAGAUGAUAAAAGCAGUCCACAAGUGGAAUCCAGUGAUGGCCAUGCAGAGACUUCAAGCAACUAUCCUGCUAUUACUGAGAAAAAUUGGCAUUUGCAAGCCCAAAGCUCCCCAAAUGGGUGUGAUGUCUUCGCAAGACAGGCAAAUCAGCACUCAGUUUCUGGAGCCAAUCUGGUGUCAUCUCGGACAAGCCAUGUUACUCCAGAUUGCCAAGACCCGAGUCCCGCGGAAGCCCCGCCAAAACCUGAUUCAGAAAAUGGUCUUGCACAAAAGCAGAGAACACCUCGCCGACGAUGUCAACAGCCCAAAAUAUUGAAUAGCCCUGAGGAUACCAUGUACUAUAGCCAGCUAAAUGGAACUCUAGAAUAUCAAGGGAGCAAAAGGAAGCCAAGAAAACUUGGCCAAAUCAAAGUGCUUGAUGGAGAAGAUGAAUAUUAUAAAUCUCUGUCACCCAUGGACUCUAUGCCUGAGGAAGACUGCUCAGCCCACCCUUUCCUUUUCUCCUCAUCCACAAAAGGAGGAUCUUUUGCUCAGCACUGA